CCAUUUUCUGGGUUGCCGUGGUGACCAGUCCCGCCCACCUCGCCUACGAUUGGUCAGAUAAAAAGGCGCGAUGGCGAAGCAGCAAAAACACAACAGAAGCAGAUUUGUUAUACGUGAAAACAACAGAACCGGUUCGGCUGCACAGAAACGUUGGUUCCUUGUUGAGCUAACCUUCUCUGUUCUUCCUCCGCAGGUUCUGAUCCGAGCGCCGGACGUGUUUGGUGUGGGACGGACGGCGGCAGAGCGUGAGAUCUGAGAGCAACUCGGCACAAUGAGGCUCUGAGCACAAAAGGAGGAAGGACAAAAGAAGAUUCCAGCAGCAGGAGGAGCAGGAGGGAGCUUUGAAAAGAGGAUUUGCUGCGUCCGUCCGUGGGGGUGCAUGCUCCCCUCCACCACUCGGACAUCCUCCUUUUUUAUUUUUUUCCACCGCUGACAGAAGAAUGCCCGGCGACGUGAGCCGGGGUCGCCUCGGGGCGGCGCUGCCCAGGACUAGAGCGCUGCUGCUGGGGCUGCUGCUGGCGGCGGCGGCGGCCUGCGCCGACGUGGACGUGGACCUGCUGGGCGACAUGGUGUUCCUGGAGGCCGACGACAGGCUCGGCGGCGGCGAGCUGGAGGCCUCCAUGACCUCGUCGCUGCUCGGAGAGUUCCAGGAGGCGACGGAGGGGAUCCGGGCGAUGGAGGUGGGCGACGUGGCGGCGGCGACGGCGGCCCGGCAGAACCCGGCGACGCCCACCGCCUUCCCAGACUCCUCGGCGGUGGUGGGCCGGAUUUUCCAGAUGAAGGUGCCGAACAAGAUGGAGGACGUCGUGCUGGGCGACAUCGUCAAGAUCACAGAGAUGGGGAAGGACUCCCUGCCCGCCUGGCUGCACUGGGACGCCAGCAGCAGAAUCCUGCAGGGCCUCCCCCUGGACAAGGACAAAGGGGUCCACUACAUCUCCGUCUCCAUCUCCAACCACACCAAGUCCUCGUCCUCCUCGGAGGUGUUCUCCAUCGAGGUGCACCCCGAGGACCACCCGGACGCCGACUCGGCCCAGCUGGCGUCCAACCAGGCGUCGGCCGAGGACGACGUCCAGCCCUUCGCGUGCGCCAACGAGGAGCCGGUGACGGUGCUGACGGUGAUCCUGGACGCCGACCUGACCAAGAUGAGCUCCGAGCAGCGGGUGGAGCUGCUGGACGACAUGAGGAGCUUCUCCGGCGUCGGGCUGCAGCACAUGAAGAUCCUCCCCGUGGUCAACAACCGGCUGUUCGACAUGUCUGCGUUCAUGGCCGGGCCCGGGAACGCCAAGAAGGUGGUGGAGAAUGGUGCUCUGCUGUCCUGGAAGCUCGGCUGCUCGCUGGACCAAAGCACAGUCCCAAAUAUCAACAGCGUCCAGGGUCCUGCAAAGGAAGGCGCCAUGUCUGCCAGGCUGGGAUACCCGGUGGUGGGCUGGCACAUCGCGAACAAGAAACCCCACGUACCGAAGAGGGUCAGACGCCAGUUAAACAACACCCCGACGCCUGUUCUGGCGGUGCUUCCUCCGACAACUGUGGUGGAGCCGCCAGUUAGGAUUAUCCCGACCCUCUCCUCACCUUCUAUCGCUGCACCAACCGAAAGCUCAGCUCCCCCUGUACGAGGCCCGGUCCCCCUUCCAGGCAAGCCUACCAUCAGAGUCCGGGAUCCUAUUGCCCACACCCCAACCCUGGGACCUCCUCAGCCAACAAAGGUGAUGGAGAGCACCAGCAUCCUUCCCAUCCAGCCCACCAUGACCAGGCCAACCUAUGUAGAAGCCACCGCUACGCCACCCUCACCGACCAGAAGACCCACAAAGAAACCUAAGAGGCCCAAAACUACACCGGUGUCCAGAGAGCCAAAGACCUCAACAGCCAAGCCGCCGAGGCGCACAACACCAGCACCUGGUGUGGUACUGGAUCCAUACAAUGAGAAGCCUGUCCUGAGGAACCCCAUCGACCAGGUCAACGCAUUGGUGGGCACGUAUUUCGAGGUUAAGAUCCCAUCGGAUACCUUCUUCGACAAAGAGGAUGGAACUACAGAUAAGCUGCGUCUGACCCUGAGACAGAACCACAAUGAGGUGGUUGGAGAGGGCUCGUGGAUCCAGUUCAACACCACCAGCCAGCUACUCUACGGUCUGCCUGAUGUCCAGCAUGUUGGUAAACACGAAUACUUCAUGCAGGCGACCGACAAAGGUGGCCUGAAUGUAUUUGAUGCUAUUGAGGUCCAUGUGAACCGCUGGCCAGCCAAUGACAAAACCCCCGUGAUAUUCACAGCCCGGUUUGACGGUGAGCCACGUUCGGUGACAAACGACAUCCACAAAAAGAUCCUUCUGGUGAAGAAGCUGGCGUACGCACUGGGCGACCGCAACAGCAGCACAGUGAGCAUACGCAAUAUCACCAAAGGGUCUAUUGUGGUGGAGUGGACAAACACCAGCCUCCCGCAUCACCCGUGUCCGAAGGAGCAGCUGCAAAUUAUGAGCAGAACACUUGCUGAUGCUGAUGGAAGACCCACACAGACCUUCAGGUACUCCAUGGAGCCAGAAUUCAGGCCGCUGGACGUCUCGGUGAAGGGACGGGCGAGCUGCAGAGCGUAUUCCUUCGUCCCACCUGGAGAGAUCGACAUACCAGAACCUCCCGCGGUCACUCCGGGUCUGGGAUCGAGCCGGCACAGCACAGACGACGUCUACCUCCACACGGUGAUUCCUGCCGUGGUGGUGGCGGCGAUUCUGUUAAUAGCGGGAAUCAUCGCAAUGAUCUGCUACAGAAAGAAGCGAAAGGGCAAGCUGACCAUCGAGGACCAGGCCACCUUCAUUAAGAAGGGUGUGCCGAUUAUCUUUGCGGAUGAACUCGAUGAUUCAAAGCCGCCUCCGUCCUCCAGCAUGCCCCUGAUUCUGCAGGAAGAGAAACCCCCUCUUCCGCCUCCAGAGUACCCCAACAUGGCCACGCCGGAGACCACCCCCCUCAACCAGGAGCUGCUGGGGGAGUACACGGCCCUGCGAGACGAGGACCCUAACGCGCCUCCCUACCAGCCGCCGCCUCCUUUCACCGCUCCCAUGGAGGGCAAAGGUUCCCGUCCCAAGAACAUGACUCCCUACAGAUCUCCACCCCCCUACGUGCCACCCUAAGACUUGUUUACCCCUCUGCUGCUCGGGCGGAGGGUGAGGAUGCCUGAGGAACUGUUUCCAUUCUGGUGUUUGUCUGUCUGGACAUUUAAAGGGAGCGACGACAAGAGGUGCUAAAGUACAACACAGCUACAGGGGACUUUGGUUUGGGAUGGGGAGUCAUGAGUUGGGAUGGGAUGAUUGAUCGACACAGCUGGGAGGGACUACUCUUUCAGCGGUAGCCCAGCGACUACAGUGGCCUAAGACAAACAAAUUCUCGUCACAUUGGCUUUCGGUUCGACCGGUUGGUCAGAAGCGACAGUUGGGAGACAAGCUCUCCCUUCCCAGCAUUUCAUUUUUCUCUCAGUUGAUUUGGAUUUUUUAUUUCAUUUUUUUGUCUUUUCCAUCUUUGCCCCGAGAUUAUUUUUUUUCCGCCCUUUUCUCUGGACUGAAGCCUAACAACUCUUCUUCUGUCUCGCUUUUGAAUAAUCCAGUGAACUGUCAUCAGACCACUGCGGGCAGGCAACAGUUUUUAAGAGCGAGAUCCUCAGAAUACAAGAAAAAGCUACUAUCACACGGAUCUCCAAUCACCCCUGCAGACGACACAAGAGAAUGGGAGGUCGAGUUGUGUGAAUGAGUGAGUGUGUUUAUUCAGAUUCAAUACGGUUUGCCUUUUAACACUUGUUGUCUGUUUCUAUCCUUAUUCACAAUGUCUAGUAAAGCUGAGAAUAACAAGGUAGCCUAAAAAAAAAAAAAAAAAGAUUUAGAGAU